UCACUGUGAGAGCACAGCCAUUUCAGAAAGAGUCUACAGAGAGAUAACUAUGUCUAACUUCACUGGAAAGGAAGAUUACCAGAAAUUAUUUAACCCAAAGGCAUAUCUACACAGUUAUUUUCGUUUUGGGGAAGGGACUAUGGGAGAUGAAUUCCUGCAGUUUGUACUGAAACACUUAGCAGAUGUAUUUACUUCAGGGAAAGUGAAAGGUGAAACUCUAAUAGAUAUCGGGACCGGUCCAACCAUCUACCAGCUCCUGUCAGCAUGUGAAGCCUUUAAGGACAUCACUGUCUCUGACUUUACUGAUAAAAACCGAGAGGAGUUUAAUCUAUGGCUCAUGAAUCAACCUGGAGCAUUUGACUGGAGUGCAGCUGGGAAAUAUGUGUGUCACCUGGAAGGAGACAGGACAACUUGGCUUGAAAAGGAAGCACGAUUGAGAAAGACCAUCAAACAAGUCCUGAAGUGCGAUGUUUUCAAUAGCAAUCCCUUGGAGCCUGUUGUUCUCCCACAAGCUGACUGUGUCCUGAGCUGUCUGUGCCUGGAAGGAGCCUGCUCAGACUAUGAGGCUUAUGUUACUGCUCUAAAAAAUAUAACAAAAUUAUUAAAACUAGGAGGUUACUUAGUGCUUGUUGGUGCUCUGGGCAACACUUACUACAUGGUAGGCAAUGUGAAGUUCUCUGGUCUUUCUUUAAGUGAGGUUUUUUUGAAGGAAUCUUUAAUUGGAGCUGGGUUUGUUAUUAAAAAUUUUAUAAUUUCUAACAAACCAGCAGAAAUCUCAGAAGAAGCAGAUUUCUUGGCUAAUUAUGUUAUAGCUGCUCAAAAAGAAAGAGAUGUGUAAGCAAUGUAAAUAGAAAUAGCACUGUUUAUAAGGUAUAGAGGGGGUCAUUCCGAGUUGAUCGUAGCUGUGCUAAAUUUAGCACAGCUACGAUCAUGAACUCACUUGAUGGAGCCGGGUGGACACUGCCGUGAGCAGCGCGGCUGUGAGACAUCCUGCUGCAGCAUUGUGCUGUAGCGCUUCUCUCCCCUUUAUGCCCGCGGAUCCCCCCGUCUCCCCGCGGUUCCCCCCCCCCCUCCUCCUCUGGGUCCCACAUCUCAGUCCGACAUUUUUUAAUGUCGGACUGAUAUGGUCGAAAAGGGGGCCAAAACCUGUCGGUUUUGGCGCCGUUUUCGACACAAGGACGUGGAUCGGCAGCUAUUCCGCCGAUCCACGUGCUUUUCGACAAGUCGAAUUCCUUGACUUGUCGAAUAUAAUGAAUAGAUUGGAACCCCUUCCGACCUAAAAGAAGUCAAAAACUAACGUCUUUUCGACAGACGGCAGCUUUCGAUGUCAAUUGAAUAAGACUUCUAAACAAAUGGACAUUUUAAAGAUUAGCAUAAAUAUGUAACACGGUGUGGCUGAAUACAAAAGAUUCUGGACUGCCAGAAAUGUGUAGAGCGCUCAAAUUGCUAAACACUUGAUAAAGAAUUUUUGAAAAUGCA